AUGCCGCUCUCUCGCGUCUUCCAGGCGGGCGCACCGUCGAGCGUUCGCGGUGCCGCCACCCGGGCUGCGUCUCUACAGACGUCGUUCGCUGCCAGGAGGACACUCAGCACCACCAGCAAGAUGUCCAACCUGGCCGCUUUCAAGGUUCCCAAAGUGCUCAACGAGCCCAACCAUCACUAUACCAAAGGUUCAGAGCAACGGCAAGCGCUCUACGCCGCGUACGAGAACUUCCAGCAGAAGCUUCCUCUUGAAAUUCCACUCGUCGUUGGCGGCAAGGAGGUCCGGACUUCUCAGACCUCGCAGCAGUUCAACCCUUCCAACCACUCUCAGGCCGUCGCAACCUACUCUCUCGCAACCCCCGAACAUGUCAACCAAGCCAUCGAGUCUGCUCUUGCCGCCAGAGAGGGCUGGGCUGCCCUGCCCUUUGCCGACCGCGCUGCUGUCUUCCUCAAGGCCGCCGAUCUCAUCUCCACCAAGUACCGCUACCAGAUCAUGGCCGCCACCAUGGUCGGCCAAGGCAAGAACGCGUGGCAGGCUGAGAUCGACGCCGCCGCCGAGCUGUGCGAUUUCCUCCGCUUCAACGUCUCUUUCGCCGAGGAGAUGUACGCACAGCAACCCCAACACCACGCCCAGGGCGUCUGGAACCGGGUCGAGUACAGACCGCUGGAGGGUUUCGUCUACGCCGUUUCCCCCUUCAACUUCACAGCUAUCGCUGGCAACCUUCCUGGAGCCCCUGCCCUUCUCGGUAACGUGGUCGUCUGGAAGCCUUCCGACUCUGCCAUUGCCUCCAACUGGCUGCUCUACCAGAUCCUUAUUGAAGCUGGCCUCCCCAAGGAUGUCAUCCAGUUCGUACCUGGUCCUCCCGAGGAGGUCACCAAGACGGUCCUCGCACACAAGGAGUUCGCCGCCCUCCACUAUACCGGUAGCACGGGCGUCUUCCGCAAGCUCUACGGCGCCAUCGGCCAAGGUACCGCCGAGGGUCGCUACAAGAGCUACCCGCGCAUUGUGGGCGAGACCGGCGGCAAGAACUUCCACUUGAUCCACCCCAGCGCCGAUAUCGACAACGCCGCGAUCCAGACAGUCCGCGGCGCCUUUGAGUACCAGGGUCAGAAGUGCAGCGCCACCAGCCGCCUGUACGUGCCCAAGUCCGUCUGGCCCGAGUUCAAGAAGAAGAUGGUCGCCGAGGUCGAGGCCCUCAAGAUCGGCGAGCCCUCGGCCGCCGAGCACUUUAUCGGCCCCGUCAUCCACCGCCCUAGCUUCAACAAGCUGUCGGGCGUUAUUGAUGCGGCCAAGAAAGACCCCGAGCUCACCCUCCUGGUCGGCGGCAAGCACGACGACAGCAAGGGCUACUUCAUCCACCCCACCGUCUACGAGGCCAAGACCCCCGACCACAAGCUCUUCACCACGGAGCUCUUCGGCCCCGUCCUGGUCGCCUACGUCUACGAUGACGCCACGACCUCCUGGGCCGACGCCUGCAAGCUCGUCGACUCCACCGGCGAGUACGGCCUCACGGGUGCCGUCUUCGCCGCCGACCGCAACGCCGUCGUCCUGGCCGAGAACGCCCUGCGCAACAGCGCCGGCAACUUCUACAUCAACUGCAAGAGCACCGGCGCCGUCGUCGGGCAGCAGCCCUUCGGCGGCGCCCGCGCCAGCGGCACCAACGACAAGGCCGGCAGCAUGAACUUCCUGACGCGGUUCGUCAGCGCCAGGAGUAUCAAGGAGGAGUUUGGCCCCACCACCAAGGUCGGAUACCCUAGCAACGAGGUGUAA